GUACAGGGUGUGAUCACUCUGAAGCGGGGCUCCUUCAAGACAAACCACGAUGAAAAGAAUAACCAGGUCCUCUCCAUGGACUGGCUGCCUGUCAAACCUCACAACAUCCUGGCUGCUGGCUUCUAUGAUGGUAUGACUACCACACAUCAUAGUCCAGGAUGCCUUUGAGGUGUCACUGUGAAACGGGUGUCCUGUGGUGUCACUGUCACUUUUGGCCCAACUUCAACCCUUUAGUCAGUGAGCCUACAGACUCGUAUCCAGAUAAUCCUCCAGCUGUAGUACAUGUCCUGUUGUCUUCCCGCUGCAGGUACGGUGGCCCUGUGGGACCUGUCCAGUAAGUCUAUUCUGCAGCGGGUGCGUGCUCCAGACCGCUCCUUCACCCUCUACCCCUACCACUGCUUCAUCGCCCACGACAAUGCCACCCGUGCCCUCAGCUUCUGCCACGCAUCCAGGUAAACAGCCAAUCAGAGUGAUGGAUUCAAGGACCUGUCUCAAACCACUAGGUUCUGAAAGUCUGCCCUGCAACACGACCAACUGCACCAAAGCUGUAGCAAAAAACCCAUGCAGUAUGACUUCAAUCCAUAGUGUGAGACUUUUAAUUUUUUACUUUUAUCCCUUUUUCUCCCCAAUUGGUAGUUACAGUCUUGUCCCAUCGCUGUAACAACCCUACGGACUCAGGAGAGGCGAAGGUCGAGAACCAUGCGUCCUCCCUAACACGACCCUGCCAAGCUGCACUGCUUCUUGACACACUGCUUGCUUAACACCGGAAGCCAGCCGCACCAAUGUGUCGGAGGAAACAGCUUGCAGGCGCCUGGCCCGCCACAAGGAGUCGCUAGAGCGCGAUGGGACAAGGAAAUCGUGGCCGGCCAAACCCUCCCCUAACCCGGACGACACUGGGCCAAUUGUGCGCCGUCUCAUGGGUCUUCCGGUCACGGCUUAUGUAGUCUCACACUAUGGGGGCCUCCCGAGUGGUGCAGCGGUCUAAGGCACUGCAUCGCAGUGCUUGAGGCGUCACUACAGACUCUGGGAUCAAACCCGGAUGCUGUGCCUUAGACCGCUGUGCCACUCGGGAGGCCCCCAUAGUGUGAGACUACAUAAGGCUCAGAGACCAGAGCCACCCGCCAUCAUUACCAUUCUGAGCAUGUAGAACGUAAAAAGCAGUGACCUUCUGGCUGUGAGCUCCGCUCUGCGCCAUGUGGCUGUCUGAGUCUGCUGGAGCGAAGCUGGGUGGUGCAGGGAGGGAGGGAGAGCAGGGAACAGUGGGAGGUGGAUGAAGCCAAGUGUGACUCUCACCCCGUAUCUCGCUACCGCUCCAGAUUUCUAAUAAACAUACACUUUUACACACUCUCACGGCUCAUGAUGAUAGCUACAGCUCUGCAAUUGUAAUAAACACACACUCUCUCUCAGCUAAAACACAUUCCCAUUUACCUUAUUGGAGGAUGGAGGGGGAGCGGAGAGGUACACAGAUGGUGGAUCUGUGGGCAGAGAGGAGGGGAAUGAAGAUGUUGUUGUGACUUGUGUAAACAUGUCAACGUGUGAGGGUAGAGGAAGGGAGUGGAGGGGGGCACUCAGCUGUCAAUCCUGCCCCACUCCAGAUGCUCUGUUGGGGACAGACUCUAGAGGGUACGUCCUUAUGGCCAGGGGCCGGACCAUCCUGGUCAUAUAGUCUCAUGAAGUAAGUGGCAGCACGCUAAUUGAGCUCCAGACACCGCCAUACAAAACAGCCUCUCUGGAAGUUUCACACCUAUCAUGGGGAGAGUAAUGUCUUAGAGCUCUCUGUUACCGUAACAGUGUGUUCAUGAUCACAUCCCCAUGGACUAAAGGGAUGGGAUCUACCCCUGGUCUGGUCUCAAACAAUACCACUCAGUUUACUGGCUAGUGCUCAGUGCCUGCCCUUCCCUCUCAUAGCACCCCCUGUAGGAAAGUGUAGAAGAAGCAUGCCAUGCAUCUCCUAUGUAACAAGAGCAGAGAAAUCGAAUUGGCUAGCUAGGAGAGUUAGAAGGCAAGGUGUUCCUCCUCUCAUCUCACUCAUCAGUCUGCUGCAUACUGAACAACCACCAGCAGCUUAUAAACCAGCUUUAUUAGAACUCUGUAAAGAUCUGCAGCAGUAUCAUGAGUCACAGGUUAGAGUGCAACAUUGAUAGACCAUAACAGCGGGUUAUUCUCCAGUCUAUGGGCUGGUGUUAUGGAGACACUCGGGCCCCGCUGGGCUGUUUGGUAGGGGACAGACUGCAGGCAUCCAUCUUAUCUGGCUGGCUGGGUUUUAAUGAGGGACAAUGAAGAGCUACUGUACAGGACACUGGGCUGGCAGACUGGAGCUGUCCCCUCCCACCGUUCUUCCUCCUUCAUUUCCCUCUCUUUUGUGAUUAGACUGUCUGCCAUCUUCUCUCUGCCUUUUCUACUCUCUAUCAGCUCCACUAAUGUCUUUCCUGUCCUCCCUCCUGCUGUUCCUUCCUCUCCUUAUCCCCUCAUCUCGUCUCCUCUCUCCUCUGCCCUUCCUUCUCCUAGAGACCUCAUGGUGACGGCGGGUGAUGACAGGUUGGUGAAAAUGUGGGACCUGAGGAGGACCUGGGAGCCCUGCCAGUCCUUCAAGCGCUUCCUCUCCACCGAGGCAGCCUGGCCCCUGCAUUGGGCUGGUGUCUUCAUCUCUCAGGAGAGCGCCUACGCCACGUGAGUCCCUCUCUCCUCUCCUCCCUCCGAUUCAAUCAUAUCUUACCUCUCCAUUGUCAUCUCCUACCCCCCCUCACUUUCCCCUCCGUGCGUCUUUUGCUUGUGUAAUCAAUACCUUGUGAGGGGUGUUCUAUUCUGUUCUAUUGUAUUGUGCUUUGUUCUUGGUCUGUUUUGUCAGGGGACAUGUUUAAUUUCUCGUGUCCCCCUUCAGGUUUGGCCAACAUGGACUCAAUUACUUUGACUCAGGGUAUCUGGGCUUCAAGCCACUCUUUCUGGUGCCACGGAAAGGGACCAUGUGGGUAAGUGGGAAACUGGGACAGAAACACGACCAAUUCCACUGUAGUCCCUACCCCUAUUCACUUCUAUAGACUGCUUAUACCUAUCAAAUCCUUCCAUAUCUAUUUUAGUGCAGAGGGAAUAGGGACGAGGGGUUGAGUUGAUAUUGGGCUGCACAAUAUUUAUUUGUCCAACCCCCUUCCUUGUGUUGAUUGGUCCGUCUUGGUAUUUCUGCAGAGCCUGUCUAUCUCUGAUUGGCUGAACACGGCUGUAACGGCAGACACAGUGGGAGAUGUGAUCAUGGUCCUACUACCCAACCUGUUCAACAACCCCUGCUACCUCAAACGAUCCAUCGAUCGCAGAUUCGUACGUACCCUGUCCAGCCCGGCCUCGCACAACACAUAGAUAUCUCCAAAAACGGCAUUUCUAAAGUCACCAUUACAAACCGGGUGGUUCUAGCCCUGAAUGCUAAUUGGCUGAAACCUGUGGUAUAUCAGACCGUAUACCACGGGUAUGACCAAAUAUUUAUUUUUACUGUUCUAAUUACGUUGGUAACCAGUUUAUAAUAGCAAUAAGGCACCUCAGGGGUUUGUGGUAUAUGGCCAAUAUGCUACAUCUAAGGGCUGUAUCCAGGCACUCCGUGUUGCAUCGUGCAUUAAAACAGCCCUUAGCCGUGGUAUAUUGGCCAUAUACCACAAACCAACGAGGUGCCUUAUUACUUAAUUAUACCUUUUGUAUACUUUAUAUUUCAUGACAUUGACUUACACAACAAGGACUACAGUAUGAAUGUUUUUAAUCGAAAUGGGUCCAUCUUUUCUCUUAAAUCACAUUUCUUUUAUUCUUUUCAGCCGGUGUUCAGAACCGAAAUGGUCCAAUUGAAAGAAGGAGUUGAGGAGAAUGAGGGUGGAGUUGGAGAGGAAGGAAGUGGUUCCACUAGUAAUGGAACGUCCCAUCAUAUACCUCAGACCUACAGAGAGACAGCCAAUAAGUACUACCUCCACUACCACGACAUGGACAUGGUGGGUCAGGGUUAAAACAGAGGAAGGAGAUAGUGAAGAUAUUGUCUGUUGGGGGGAGGGGGGGGGCUCUGUUCCUGCUACAUCUCAGCGCAAUCUUCGGCUGUUUGUGUGUGUUAAAUGAUGGGAUACCGGGUGUGCUCGCUCUAAGCGCAAGACUGCCUAAGCUCUGCAUUGUAGGGGAUUGUGUGUGUUUGUGUGUCAGGACCAGACUGCAGUCUGAGCAGCUGAUGACACACACCAAUACACACAGUGUGUUUAUGCACAGAGCACAUGUGGCCUGCUAGGUCCAAUAGAUGUAUUAGUUGAGUUAUAUCUCAGACACACCUGAUGGAACUGGAGGGUCCAGGGCGCAUCUGCAAACGCCAUCCCUGCUCACACACUGGUGCCGUCGGUUUCCACGACAACCCAGCAGUGCACCUAGCCGUGGCCCUUAGUGACGGCCGACUCCUGGGUUAGGACUUGAUUAAGUGUUGCACCCUUCAUUAAUUUAUACCGCCCCUCCUUCCCCCUCUCCCCUCUCUAUGGCUCCUCCAUCUGUUCCCCUGCCUUCCGCUCCACCGGCCCUGUCACUGCCCUGCACACACACACACAUACACACACACACACACACACCUCACAUACCACCCCGAGUCGCCAUGGCCUAAGCACGUCCAUUACCCACAACCCACCAGGCCAGGGCCCACUUACCUCUGACGUAUGUCACCUGACCAGGGCCUGUUGUUAGCGUGGGAGGUGGGGGAUGUCUUGUCCAGGGCAGUGGAGUUUAUUCCUGCUUCUUGACAUAACACUCCACUUACUCAAACCCUGAGAGAAGAGCUACAGUGGGGAUAAAAAGUAUUUAGUCAGCCACCAAUUGUGCAAGUUCUCCCACUUAAAAAUAUGAGAGAGGCCUGUAAUAUUCAUCAUAGGUACACGUCAACUAUGACAGACAAAAUGAGAGAAAAUUUUCCAGAAAAUCACAUUGUAGGAUUUUUUAUGAAUUUAUUUGCAAAUUAUGGUGGAAAAUAAGUAUUUGGUCAAUAACAAAAGUUUCUUAAUACUUUGUUAUAUACCCUUUGUUGGCAAUGACACAGGUCAAACGUUUUCUGUAAGUCUUCACAAGGUUUUCACACACUGUUGCUGGUAUUUUGGCCCAUUCCUCCAUGCAGAUCUCCUCUAGAGCAGUGAUGUUUUGGGGCUGUCGCUGGGCAGACUCAAGGGCGGCGCACAAUUGGCCCAGCGUCGUCCAGGGUAGAGGAGGGAAUGGCCGGCAGGGAUGUAGCUCAGUUGAUAGAGCAUGGCGUUUGCAACGCCAGGGUUGUGGGUUCGAUUCCCACGGGGGGCCAGUAUAUAUAAAAAAAAAAAAAAUGUAUUCACUAACUGUAAGUCGCUCUGGAUAAGAGCGUCUGCUAAAUGACUAAAAUGUAAAUGCAACACAGACUUUCAACUCCCUCCAAAGAUUUUCUAUGGGGUUGAGAUCUGGAGACUGGCUAGGCCACUCCAGGACCUUGAAAUGCUUCUUACGAAGCCACUCCUUCGUUGCCCGGGCGGUGUGUUUGGGAUCAUUGUCAUGCUGAAAGACCCAGCCACGUUUCAUCUUCAAUGCCCUUGCUGAUGGAAGGUUUUCACUCAAAAUCUCACGAUACAUGGCCCCAUUCAUUCUUUCCUCUACACGGAUCAGUCGUCCUGGUCCCUUUGCAGAAAAACAGCCCCAAAGCAUGAUGUUUCCACCCCCAUGCUUCACAGUAGGUAUGGUGUUCUUUGGAUGCAACUCAGCAUUCUUUGUCCUCCAAACACGACGAGUUGAGUUUUUACCAAAAAGUUAUAUUUUGGUUUGAUCUGACCAUAUGACAUUCUCCCAAUCCUCUUCUGGAUCAUCCAAAUGCACUCUAGCAAACUUCAGACGGGCCUGGACAUGUACUGGCUAAAGCAGGGGGACACGUCUGGCACUGCAGGAUUUGAGUCCCUGGCGGCGUAGUGUGUUACUGAUGGUAGGCUUUGUUACUUUGGUCCCAGCUCUCUGCAGGUCAUUCACUAGGUCCCCCCGUGUGGUUCUGGGAUUUUUGCUCACCGUUCUUGUGAUCAUUUUGACCCCACGGGGUGAGAUCUUGCGUGGAGCCCCAGAUCGAGGGAGAUUAUCAGUGGUCUUGUAUGUCUUUCAUUUCCUAAUAAUUGCUCCCACAGUUGAUUUCUUCAAACCAAGCUGCUUACCUAUUGCAGAUUCAGUCUUCCCAGCCUGGUGCAGGUCUACAAUUUUGUUUCUGGUGUCCUUUGACAGCUCUUUGGUCUUGGCCAUAGUGGAGUUUGCAGUGUAACUGUUUGAGGUUGUGGACAGGUGUCUUUUAUACUGAUAACAAGUUCAAACAGGUGCCAUUAAUACAGGUAACGAGUGGAGGACAGAGGAGCCUCUUAAAGAAGAAGUUACAGGUCUGUGAGAGCCAGAAAUCUUGCUUGUUUGUAGGUGACCAAAUACUUAUUUUCCACCAUAAUUUGCAAAUAAAUUCAUAAAAAAUCCUACAAUGUGAUUUUCUGGAAAAUUUUCUCUCAUUUUGUCUGUCAUAGUUGACGUGUACCUAUGAUGAAUAUUACAGGCCUCUCUCAUAUUUUUAAGUGGGAGAACUUGCACAAUUGGUGGCUGACUAAAUACUUUUUUCCCCCCACUGUACCUUGGCCUCAAUCUGUCUCCCCAGCUGUCCAGUGUGGGAAACAUGCUAAGGUUGAUGCUUUGAGAGGGGUCACAGAGGGCUGUGGCAUUUUACCAUGGGCCACUGUUACAGUAUCGGUCAGUAGAGAUGUGGAGCAUUAAUGCAGAGAUAGAAAUAGUCAAAAAAAUGAAUUUAGAAAUUCAUCUUAAUUUAGUUUGUGAUACAGUGAGUAUUGUAUGAUAGCUCUGUGUUUGGGUGUUUCAGUUUUGUGGUGUUUUAGCUUGUAAUUAAGACUAUUGAACUCUUUCUCUUCCAGAGAACGUUUAAGAAUGUCCAGAACCGAGCUCCUUGGAAGCACAUGCAGGCUGCAGAGGCCAAAGGGGGACUGGGUCUGGACCUAAUGCCUUUGGCUUCACUAACUAAGGUAUGUCUAAGAUCAAAACACAUGAUUCUCUGACUGCAUUCAUUUACAUUGACAUUUUAGUCAUUUAGCAGACGCUCUUAUCCAGAGCGACUUACAGUUAGUGAAUGCAUACAUUAUUUUAUUUUUUUCAUAAUGUGGGAAUCGAACCCACAACCCAUUCCACCUUGAACAGCUCUUUCAUAGUAAUGUUUUUCAUUGCUGGAGCAGCCAAGCUGAAAGCUGUGUGAAUGUGAUCUCUGUGACUAAAGUUAUCAUCUGAAGGGCCACAGCGACUCCUUGACAAACAUUUCCAGUGGAGGCGCUGUGCUAUAACAGUGAUAGCAGCCCAUGGAUUGGUCAUGGAGCCAGUCAGUGACUCUAGAUUAGUGGUAAUAGAAAUAUCAGUAGUGGUGUUAUCUAGUCUAAUGAUCCUGGCCAGGCAGGAUUAAGCUGUGGAUUGAGUAGAUCUCCUGAUUGGGAAUCGAUGAGCUGGGUAAAGAGUUGCAUUGGAGCUCAACGCUGAUGUCAGAGUGCAUUAGCCCUCUCUAACUUAAUUGCAGCCAUGGCUUCAGAGAGCAGAGCUGUGUAUUUGGUCGCAUUAAAGUAACUGUCCAGUGUUUCCAAUUUCUAUGAAAUAUAACCUAUCAUUAAUUACACUGAGUUAAAUAGUUUUCCAGGCCAAAAAUUGUGAUUUAAGUAUGUUAAAAAGCAGCUUUUCUGUAUUGGAAUGGUGUGGGGGUACCCUAAGAAUGGUGUGGGCAUAUACCGGUCAUAAAAAAUAUGAAUGCGAGUAUACCGCUGAUUGGCCAGCUCAUUCUCCCCAGGAGGAUGACAUCCUCUAUGAAGAAAUAGCAAGCAAGUUUGAGGUGAUAUUUUAAAAAGUUCUCCAAUUUAUGCUUUGGCUACAAAUACGAGUAUAUGAUGAGUCCGCAAUAUAAUCUGGGUAUUAGUUAACAGAAUAUGCCCAUUUAAAAAUUUCACGGGACAGUUACUUUAACAACAGACUUAAUCAAUCUCCACUGUCAAGCACCUACACUGUUAUUUAUUGGUUGACAGGCUCACCUUAUUUCUAGUUGUGGAUGUGUGACUGUUGAGUUGAGGACAUGAAUUCUCCUUGAAGGUCAAUAAACAUAAUAUUGUCAUUUGUAUCCAGUUAGUUGCACAUGCAGAAAUCCAACCUACAAGUCUGGUGUCGCAAACACCAUGCUUCAAACAACUGAGCCAUCUCUAAAUGAUCCUAAAUCAUAAUCUGUGUGCUCUGACUGUUCCCACCAUGUUCUCCUUCUCCUCUUUAUAGGUCCGUUUCAACCCCAACCUGUGUGCCCAGAGCUGGGUGUUGUCUGGGGGCCAGGCGGGCCUGGUAAGAGCCCACUGCCUCAGGGCCAUGAACAGCUCUCACAUUAACAAGAUGGUGCAGGAGAGCCAGGCCCAGUUCAGCACCAUGUUCACCCAGGACACCACAGACAGCCAGGGGGACGCCAGUGCCGUCAGACACACCACAGAAAAGCUAUAG